GAUAAACUGGACCUGAACACUGAAAUUCACAGUUAAAGCCCAAAUAAACAUGAUUUUCAUGUAUGCAAAUGAACUGCAUGUCACUGUUACAGUGUCUCUGAGCGGUGGAUCAUAAUCGUACAGCUUCAUUUGUAAACGGAUGAAACUCUCUCCUCUUGGACUGUGGACUUUCAUCUCAACAAUGUAAUAAGAAAAUGCUUUAAAUUUCAAGAUUUAUUAUCAAUAAAUACCUGUAGAAAAUUCAACACUUGCAUCUAUAUCAGGGUGUUUUUAGCAAUUAUGUCGCGACAAAAUCUGAAUUUUCUGUGGCUGAUGAUCGUCUGUUGUGCUUCACACCAGAUAAGCUUCUCAAAAAGAGUAAUAGUUGGCAAUGAUUUCAAAGAUCCAUGUUUCGGGGACUCAUGCAACACAGAUUUUAAACUGACAUGUCCAUCAGGUUGUGAAACAGACAUAAAGGAUGUUUACACAAUGAAUGUCAAAAUGAACACAUCUUCUCUAGGACAGUGCAAAACAUUAUCUGGCAAAACACGCGAUUUCAGCAUAACAAAUGAUGGGGGGAAAUAUGAAGUAAGAAUGAAUGAGACGUGUACAGAAAUAGAGCUGUGGUUUUUGCCAGAUGGAAUGACAUGUCAGCAAGUCAGAAGAAAGCCAGGCCUUGUGACUUGCACCUGUAACAACCCAGUCUGUACCUCUAUCUGCACCCUAGGAAGCCCACUUACAGAUUGUACAGAAAUCCCUUCUGUUGAUCUAAAGACAAUGUGUCAAAAAGCUACAUAUGACAAUGAUAUCUGCAGAGAGAAUGAAGCAAGCAAAUACCUUCUACGUUCAAUCGGGAAUGAAUGGAAGUGUGUGAUCUGCGAUAAGACACCUACUGCUUGUAAUCCAACAAACAAAACUGCCUGUCUAAAACCACCCGAGACAACUUACAAUCUAACCUCAAAUGGUCUAAAAGAUGAGGAUGGAUUUAUUAAUCCCUCAAAUGCAUCUGUUGCCUUAGACAGUCUGGAGCCCCUGGUGGAGCGGAUGAAAAAAGACAAUAAAAGCAGUGCAGGAGUUGUGAUGGGUGAUGUUAUUGGUAUUCUCCAAAUGCAAGCUGGGAACACAGAAACUGAAAACUUAUGCUACUCUAUAGAUCAGAACAUGAUCAACAUUCUUGACUGUCAAAGUGACCUAAACACAGACUUUCCCUGGUCUCUAACAAUUUCCAGUGAGGCCGUUGAUAAAUCACGACUGGAAAACAAUGGAAGUGCAUUUGCUGGAAUUUUACGGUUCAAAAAUAUGGGGAAAUUGAAUGAAACUAAAAAUUACACUGUUUUAAACAAUGAGGUUUAUGGAAUAACGAUGUGGGCCAAAAUCUCCAACCUUACGGACAAUAUAGAAAUAUUCUUUACACAGAAAGAUCUGGUGGGUGAGGCGUCCUGCAGUUCUUGGGACGGAAAAGGAAAUCUUACAUGGACAACGUCCGGCUGUGAGACAGUAAAAAUCAACAACACCAUAAAGUGCUCGUGUUCACAUCUGACGUUCUUUGCAGUGCUGAUGUCUCCUCCAGAUGUAAAUGCAAACAUCACAGAUUAUGUGGAUUCAUUGAGCUUCAUCACUUCAAUCGGCUGCAGCAUCUCCAUGUUUUUUCUGUCCGUCGCUCUGUUCAUGUAUUUCCUACGGAAAGCCAAAUCAAAAAACGCCACAAAGAUUUUGAUCAACAUGUUUGUGGCUUUGUUUCUCCUGGAUUUAUCCUUUUUGUCAAACGAGAGCAUCGCCAACACAGAAGUCAAGGCUGCGUGUGUCUUCAUAGCACUGCUCAUGCAUUACUCUAUGCUGGCUACAUUCACCUGGUUCUCCAUUCAAGUUCUUCAUAUGUACUUAUGUCUCAUCAGACAGAAUAUCACCAUCACAAACUACAUGAUGAAGAUCACCGUGUUCGGCUGGACGAUUCCGGCUCUGAUAGUCAUAGCUGUUGAUUCUGUCGGAGGAUAUAAAGCAGUGAUUAUAAACACAACGCCUGGAAAAACCACACAAAUGUGCUGGAUUACAGAUCUUGUCAUUCACUACAUAGUGAACAUUGGCUACUACACCUUAGUCUUCAUCUUCACGACAGGAAUUUUCAUCACCAUCUGCACUAGGAUUGUCCAAACCCGACGCAGAAGAGCAGCUGAUGGCAAGAAAAAAACGUUCAGAAAGCAGCUCAUGAUGGUGUUGAGUUUGUUCCUGCUCUUCGGCCUGACGUGGGCUGUGGCGUUCUUCAGUUAUGGAGAGAUGCUCAUUCCCUCAUAUUACAUCUUCACUGUGCUGAACUCAUUUCAGGGGUUUUUCCUCUUCCUGUAUUACUACCACAUUCACAAAGACAUAGAAGGUCGUUUCUCUGAUGAUCCAGAAAGGUCCAACUCCACCACAACCAUCGUUCAAUCCAGAAAUAAUACUGUGAAAAACGUUUAUGACGAGCCUAAUUAAGACAGAAACCCAUGUUCUCUCUUAGACAGCUUAACAGUCAACAGUAGAGUGUCUGAAUGCUAUGCUGUGCAGUUUAAUAUGUGUAUUCAAUAAUCUGUGUCUAAUAUGCUGUACUGAGGGGAUAUAACUCAUAAUGGGAUCAUUGGCUUUCAAGAUAAAUUUAAACUAGGGCUGAAUGAUUAAUCGCAUAUGCAAUAAUAUCGCAGUAUGACAAAACUUGAUUUUUUUUAAACGCAAAGGCUGCAAUUACACGCUCGUCACGUGACACUCGAGAGUAAGCAGUCUGCAGGAGGAAGCAUCAACUUGGCACACUACGCAUAUGCCUGGCCUACAGAAACACACAGUUUAUGUUUAAUCUAUCUAAUAUUUUUCAUUGUUCAUACUAUACAAUAGAGAUGGGAGAAAAGAUUCUCUAACGAUUCUGAGCUUAGAUUUUAACCACAGAUGCGCGAUGGCGCUGCGUGUGCUUAUUCGCUCUCUCUCUCUCACACACACACACACAGCACUCGAACCAUCCACAAAAUAAUCUUUAAUAAAGUUCGGAAGUGAAUUUCAAGGAUAUUUGUGUGCUAUAUUGCACAGGAUGUGCUGUGAGAAACGCGUGCUUUGCUUAUGCUUGCAGUGUGUCAUCUCUUGGAUGUCCUUAUUAAACAAAGGCCUAAUCCUGGCUCAAUCUAAGCUCUGUCUUAUAUUAGUUUAUUUAAAAUUAUUAACACACAAUUGUUUUAAUUACGUUUUUAAUGUGUAAUUAUUUUUAAAAGUACUCAUAAUUACAUAUGUAAUUAAAUAAGAAAGUUUUCUUAAUAAGUCUAAUCAAUAAGAAAAAAAGAUCAAGAAUCAUUUUGGAAUUGGACUGAGACUCCUAGAAUUGGAAUCGAAUCAUGAGGUGCCUAAAGAUUCCCACCCCUACAAUGAUUUAUUGCAUGCCUUUGUUGAAUAACACAGAAGAUAAAGAGCUUAAAAAAUAAUCAUAUAUUAAAUCACAAUCACAAUAUUGGUAAAAAUAAAUCGCAAUUAGAUUAUUUUCAAAAAUCGUUCAGCCCUAAUUUAAACAACUUAGUUUAACAUGAACAUGAACAUCAUCAAGAUACUUUACAAGUCGUAAAAGUUUCUCACAUUGUAAGUUGAGGGUAACUGUAGCCCUAGUUAUGAAAUAUAUAGCCUGUUGUUUGACUUUUAAAUGUUUGAAUUGUGCACAUAAUUUCUUAAAUGUGGGAUAUUACUUGUAAAGAUGUCAAGUAAAAAGGUUUUUUUUAAUAAUUAUAAUGCAGUUUUCCUCUAGACAAGGGAUUCCCAAAGUGUGGUGCGCGCACCCCCAGGGGUACGCGAGCUGCCACCAGGGGGUGCGUGAGAGGAAAAAUGUAAUGGUGGCCUGUUUUUUUAAGUGGGAUUUUUCCAUACAAUAAAAAAAUCAUGAACAGUAACAUUUCCUUUGUAAUCGCUUUUAUUUUAAAUAAAAAACUAUAAUUUAUUAGUUUUUGAUAGAAACAUAGAAGAAGACAGGUACUGGAUGAGAGAUGAGGUGAGAGGAAUUUGAUUUGUGGCUUCUUGCUUGACGCUUGCUCUCUUGUUUGCCGUCAAAACGGUUGACCACUGCCGUGUGUGUAUUAUGUGUCCUGUGGCAAAAUGUGGCGAAAAC